AUGAACCGCCGAGUCCGAAGGCCAUCUUCGAAGAAGAUUUCAGACGAAGGCUACCUCCGAUAUCUCAAGCCAGGAGCUCUCGCUCAGCUUCGAGACUCGCGAAUCAGUGCCAGAUCUCACCGAACCGACUUGCAGAUUCAGAUCUCUCUGUGCCGUACGCCAUCGCCUUCUUCGUCGCCAGUGCGGGCCGCGAACGCUCAGAUCGACGGUUUUCCUUGCUUUUCAGGGAGGAUCUACGGUCCUCGAUGCCCGCAGAGGAAGAAGUUGGUGGCGGCUAAGUCAGUGUUCUUUCUGAGUUCGAAUCCAUCGAGUCCGACCUCGGAUUCGCCUGAUUCGAUCAUUGAUCUGUUCAGUAAUGAUAUUCUUGUUGCACAUUGA